AUGGACCUGCCCCCACAGCUCUCCUUUGCUCUCUAUGUUACCGCCUUUGCGCUGGGCUUCCCGCUCAAUGUGCUGGUCAUCCGAAAUGCUGCGUCCCAUGCCCGGCUCCACCUCACUCCCAGCCUUGUCUAUGUCCUCCACCUGGGCUGCUCUAACCUCUUGCUGGCGGUCUCUCUGCCCCUGAAGGUGGUGGAGGCCCUAGCCGAAGGGACCUGGCCUCUGCCAGCUGCCCUCUGUCCUGCCUUUGCCCUAGCCCACUUCGCUCCCCUCUAUGUGGGCGGUGGCUUUCUGGCUGCCCUGAGUGCUGGCCGCUACCUGGGGGCAGCCUUCCCCUUGGACUACCAAGCAGUCCGGAGGCCAUGCUACUCCUUGGGUGUGUGUGUGGCUAUAUGGGCCCUUGUCCUCUGUCACCUGGGGCUGAUCUUGGGGUUGGAGGCUCCAGGAGGCUGGAUGGACAAUGCCACCAGCUCCCUGGGCAUCAGCACACCAGUCAAUGGCUCUCCAGUCUGCCUGGAGGCCUGGGACCCAGCUUCAGCUGGCCCUGCUCGCUUCAGUCUCUCCAUCUUUUUCUUUUUCCUGCCUUUGACCAUCACGGCCUUCUGCUAUGUGGGCUGCGUCCGGGCACUGGCCCACUCAGGUCUGAGCCACAGACGGAAGCUGAGGGCAGCCUGGGUGGCCGGGGGGGCUCUGCUCACUCUGCUGCUCUGCCUAGGGCCCUACAAUGCCUCCAACGUGGCUGGCUUCCUGCACCCCACCAUGGGAGGUGGCUGGCGGAAGCUGGGACUUAUCACAGGUGCCUGGAGUGUUGUGCUCAACCCACUGGUCACUGGCUACUUGCGAGGGGGGACUGGCCAGUGGGUAGCAUGUGUGGCAAAAAUGCAAGAGAUGACACCCCCGGAGUAG